AUGAAUGCUCAAUUCAGUGACGGAGCAUUAAAAAGUCUCAGUGUACUUAAAAAUCCACAAACUUCUCCACCUCGCUCAAAAAGGAUUUUUAUAUUGCUUGGUAUUCUCAUUGGACUUCUUGCUAUUUCUACAGCUGUAUUAGCUGUUAUAUUAGCUAUGAAAAGCAAAACAACGGAAAAAACCGUGGAUAACGAAUUAUGUACAAGUCCAUAUUGUGUUAAAGCAGCUAAUUAUUUAAUUGAAAGUAUGGAUGAAACAGUCGAACCAUGCGAAGAUUUUUAUCAUUUUGUUUGUGGUACAUGGAUUAAAAAUUCUCGAAUACCCGAUGAUACUGAUGCAAUAAGUACAUUCAAUUUAUUACGAACACAACUAGAUUACAAUGUUGUCGAUUUAUUAACACCACCACCUCGUAAUGAUAGUAAUGAACCUAAAGCUGUUACAAAUACUCGUAUAUUAUAUCAUUCAUGUAUUGAUGAACAAAAUAUUGAAGACGAUGGAGUUUAUUUAAUUCUUUCAUUAGUCAAUAAAGAAUUUGGUGGUUGGCCUAUAUUACAAGGUUCAUCAUGGGAUAAUUCUACAUUUAAUCUAUUGAAUCUUUUGCUUAAAUUACGACAAUAUAAUAAUGAUAUUAUAUUUGGUAUAGGUACAUCAAUAGAUGAAAAAAAUUCCAAAGAAUAUGAUAUUGGAAUUGGUCAAAGUGAUCUUGGUUUAGGUCAACGUCAAUAUUAUUCUAAUGAAUCAAAAAUUACAAUUGCUUAUCGACAAUUUAUAUAUAAUUUAGCAGCAGCAUUAACAAGUGAUGCAUCGAUGAUUGAACAAGAUGUUAAUGAUAUAUUUGCAUUUGAAAAAGAAAUUGCUAAACAUUAUUGGACACCUGAAGAACGACGAGGUCGACCAAAUACAACAAUUCGUACGACUGUUGGCAAUCUUACACAUUUGUUAAAUACUACCUUUGAUUUUACUAAUUAUGUACGUUCAGCAUAUUUAUGGGCUGGAAUAACUCUAGUUGAUAAUGAUAUUGUAGCUGUUAGUGAACGUGAAUAUUUGUAUAAUGUUUCAUCAAUUAUCGAUAGAACUUCAUCACGCACAUUACAAAAUUAUGUUCUAUGGCGUUUUCUAAUGCAUCGAGUUGAUAAUAUGCCAAAACAAUUUCGAAGUAUAAAAGAAAAUUUUCAACAUAUAUUUCGAGGUACAACAGCUGAACAACCACGUAAGAUUAUUUGUGGAAAUUAUGUUAAUGGUAAUAUGGGAUUUGCUGUUUCGAAACUCUAUAUUAAAAAAUAUUUUGAUGAUAAUGCUCGAAAUCAAUCAUAUGAAAUGAUUGGUAACAUUCAAAAAGCAUUUAUUGAUAUGCUUGAGCAAACUAUAUGGAUGGAUGUAACGUCAAAAAAUAAAGCAAUAGAAAAAGCUCAAGCUAUUGAUGAAAAAAUUGGAUAUCCGGAUUAUUUAGCUAGUGAUAAUGUGACGCAACUUGAAACAGAAUAUGCUGAGUACAUAUUCAAUUCAUCGUAUAUAAGUAAUGUUUUAAAAUUACUUCAAAUAAAAGCAAAAACAGAAUUUCAACUUCUUCGAAAACCAGUCGAUCGUAAAGCAUGGGGUCUUAGUGCUCCCACUGUUGUCAAUGCUUUUUAUGCACCAUCAAAAAAUCAAAUAACUUUUCCAGCUGGUAUUCUACAAACGCCAUUUUUUGAUAAAGAUGCACCAAAAUAUCUUAAUUACGGUGCCAUUGGUGUAGUCAUUGGGCAUGAGAUUACUCAUGGAUUUGAUAAUAGUGGUCGUCAGUUUGAUAAGAAUGGAAACCGAAUUCCAUGGUGGACUAAUGAAACAAUACAAGAAUUUAAUAACCGUAAAAGAUGUAUUGUUGAUCAGUAUAGUAAUUUUACUGUACCACAGAUUAAUAUCAAGGCAAAUGGAAAUCAAACACAAGGUGAAGAUAUUGCUGAUAAUGGUGGAUUACGAGAAGCAUUUUUCGCUUAUCAAAAAUGGACAAAAGCUAAUCUAAAUGUUGAUAAAAAACUUCCAGGUCUUUCAAAAUAUACAUCUGAACAAAUGUUUUUUAUUAAUUAUGCUCAUACAUGGUGUUCAAAAAUGACUGAUUCAUAUGCACUUAAUCGUGUUUUAUCAGAUGUUCAUUCAUUAGGACAAUUUAGAGUUAUUGGUCCUACAUCGAAUUUUGUUGAAUUCGAUCGAGUAUUUAAUUGUAGACCAGGUCAAGGAAAUAGUCGAGUAAAGAAAUGUAUUGUAUGGUAG